AUGGAUGUGAAGGUAGCUCUCUUCCCUGACGCUCGCGUCCGCGUAGCGGCCGACAUCGUGCCGCAGGGGGGGUGCCAAGGUUCGGAUCCUGCGCUGCUCCUGCCAGAGAUCAUCGAUCUGACCUGUGAGGAUACGAGCACGGACCCGGCGCCGUGGAGCAGCCUCACCAUCAUCGACCUGACGGAGGACACCUGCAGCCCUCCCUGCAGCCCUCCCCACGCCGCCAGCUGGGCUGACCAGGACCCCGGGCAGGCGCCUGCUGCCCCGGCAGCCCACACGUCCCAUCCCUGGCUCUGCGCCACCAUGAAGCAAGAAACGGAGGCAACAGCAGGGCCGAGCUCUGCAGUACCCUGGCACGGCUCUUCCGCGGAGCCGGGUGCCACCACGGACACAGCAGAAAGGAAAGCCCGAGGGCCUUUGCUGGAAGCCAGUGACUUACCGCCACACGAAGCAAUCCAGCAAGUGACCCCAGCCAGGACGAAGGCUGACAGCAAGGCCUGGCUGAACAAACUGCACUAUUUCAGGAGGAGCGGAGUCCAGCACCUCUUCCUCCAAGGCGUAGCACCCAACAGGGAAACACAGCAGGUAAAUGGGCGGAAACCUGAGCUCAUCCCCAGCGGGAAGCUGAGCAUGGUGCGCACCACCAUGGAGGAGAACUUCCUGGAGGGCACCUUGCAUUUCCUGAGUGACUUCGUCUCCCGCCAGCACUGUCCCCCCAAAGAAAUCAUCUCCCACCUGAUCAGACAGAUCCUGUUGAACCCCUACCAAGUGGAGAUCCUGAAGGACACCUACAUGCUGCUGAUGAAGAUCCAAAUGCUCCAUCCAGCCAAUGCUGCCACGGUGGGAUGGGACUGGACGCUGCUGAAAUACAUCAUGGAGGACCAGGCUCACACCAUCUCCAUCUGCCCUCAGGAGAAGCCCCCUGGCCGGCUCCUCUUCCUGCAGUACGUGGUGCAGACCCUGGAGGACGACUUCCAGCAGAACCUGAGGUUGCGCCUGCUGCAGAAGUCAAUUGCCAAGAAAGUGCUUUCGUGUGACACGUGCUUCAACAACGUCAGGGACGUGGUCGAAUGGUUGGUCGCAGCAGUUACAGGAGUCGGGUUCUCCCAGCCCCAGGAGCAGCCGCAAGAGAUGACAUCCUCUUUGGCAGACGCAAGGGCCGAACACAGCUCAUCUGCACCACGGCUGGCCAGUGCUGACCAGGCAGAGGUGGCUCCACCAGCCUUCUUCGCCCAGAAGGUGAUGCUCCUGCUCCAGCGGAUGUUGUCCAUCGCAGUGGAAGUGGACAAAUCUCCCAACUGCAGCUCCUGUAAGAUCGCAGAUGUGAUAUUCCCAUUUAUACUGAACAUUCCCCUGAGGAGCCAAAGGGAAGCUUUCUUAAACACCAUGGAGAGCCAGCUCCUGCGCUGCAAACUGCUAGAGCUGUUGUUCCAGCACAGUUGUGACGUGCCCACGACCUUGCCCUUGUCUCUGGCCAAGAUCCUGUACUUCUUGAACCACUCCUCUGUGCUGCUGCAAUACCAGGAUGAAACGGCAACAUGGCAAAGAUGGGAUGAGAUGCUGCAGUACUUGAGUUUGCUGCUGAUGAGUUACCAAAAUGUAAUACUGGAGCACUUACGGAGCUCACUCAACGACCGGAUGGACUUGAUCAUUCAGAAAGCCAAGCCCAAGCUCCAGGACGGCGAUGACAUCAACCAUCUGGACAUUGAACUGAAGAUAGAGGACUUCAUCAGCCAAACGCAGCAGGUCCUGGGGCAGCCUUUUCCCCUGCAGAUCAUGGAGAAAUUGUGCAUGCUUCGGGAGUUGUUCCUCAUUUUCACUGGUACCUGA